CACUUCUCACACGUGAAGAUCUGCUGUGUGGUCGGUCUUUUGACGCCGGAGCAGCAAGCUCCAUUGCUGCCGUAAACCUAAAAGUACCUCCUACAGCGUUACUUCACCUGAAGAUGUUGAGUCAGGCCGCACAACAGUCAGAAAUCGCCAACCACGUUUUUCUUGCCGCUACCUGCGCCGCACUGUCUGUGGACAGCACGAACAGUACCUUCAAACGAGAAACUGCGGGAAAAAAUCGAACGGCCGUCGGAGCUACAACUAGAUCCGCAGGCGAGUCCUGAUACUGACAAGCAUUCGGGAAUCGAAGAUCACCCGAAGUAGAUCGCGGACCAUUACAGAAACCCCUAGCGAGGACAUAAUUUCUCCGCCAUAGACUACACUAGUCUGGCGUAUUGAGAACAACCAGAGUGUCCACUGUGCCACAAGAACCUUUGUCGAAGAUGGGGGACAGUGGCAGCGCCAACAUCCCUUACAUAGGGAGCAGGAUCAGUCUGAUUACAACGCACGAUAUCCGCUACGAGGGCGUCCUCAUUCAGCUGAACCAAAAAGAGAGUAUAAGACCUUAUUUCAAAAUUCUCGCUUCUUCCGCUGCUACUUUGAAGAUAGUUAUUUAUUGCACAGUAUUUUUACAUGCAAAAAAUUUUCCGCAUUUAUUCAGUACUAGCAGUGCUGCUUGGCCGCACAUGCGUUUUUUUGUCAUGCAAAGCAAGCUGAAGGAGAAGGAAACAAUUUCAUCAAUCCAGGUACCAUCGCGGUUCAAAAUGUCCGUUCUUUCGGUACGGAGGGCAGGAAGGAGCCCGAGGUUCCGAUGAGCAACGAGAUCUACGAUUACAUCGUUUUCAGCGGCAAGGAUCUGAAGGAUCUAACGGUGAUUCAGGAGGACAAAUCAGUGUCUAGCUCCACCGCUGCGGCUCAACAGCAGCAGCAGCAGCAACAACAGCAGCAGCAGCAACAGCAGCAACAACAGCAGCAGUUGCAGCUCCAGCAGCAGCAACAGGCAGCAGCGGCGGCGGCUGCAGCGCAACAACAGCAGCAGCAGCAACAACAGGCUCCACCGCCGCAACAACAGGCGCAGCAGCCACCCGCACCAGUGCAACAGCAGCCGCAUGAUGCGCCGCAGCAGUCGUCGCAUCAUGUUGAGCAGCAAAGAAUGCAGCAGGGACACCAUCCAAUGGUAUAAUUAAUACAUCGUAUCGUAGAUGCCUUCAAUAUUUCUUUUGCAAGUGCACUCAGAUGUUGAUUUUUUGUCAUCAUGCUAGAGGAGGUUGCACUUGUAGCUCUAGCAUCACAUGGGAUGUGACCUUGAAUAAAAGUAUACAUCGAAACGAGGAUCAUCAAAUCUCCAGGACGCCUCGUCCCCAAGAGAGCCGCAUGCGCAACAACCACAAACGGCACCACCACCGCAGCCAGGGUAUAAUAUUAUCGAGUUGUAGUCGUCUAGUGCUAGUGGUGUAAUAGGAUUUUGUGCAUGAAGAUCACAGUGAUACGAAUAUUGAUAGUGUUGUAACCUUCAUUUCUGUGGCGGAAGUAGAGACUUUCGGUUGCUUGCCCUCAAUGUGAUGAGAAAUGAAAACUGUGAUGCAAUAAGAUUAUCGAUCUGCAGGUAUAAUAAUGGAGGACAGCACGAUUACGAUCCUUAUGGGCAACCGCAGCACUGGAAUAACAACCCGAAUCCUUACGGCUACCCGCAGCCGGGCAUGUAUUGAAAUUUUAGUUUUACGUUAACUUUGUCAUCAUGCAUAUCACGACGCUACGAACUAGUCAAGGAAGUUUUCCGUCAUGCGUGUAGUUACCUGAAAAAUCGAAGUAGAACUACUUUAUCCCGCGAGUUUUGACACAAAAAACCUCGUUGACAUCAGGCCUCCCCCCUCCGGGCAGCCCCCACCUUCGCAGCAGGGUGGCCCCACCAGCGGCCAGCAACCUCCCCAGCAGCCGCCCAACCAGCAGUUAUGCAUUGCAAAAGUAUCGUACUCGUAUAAACGCAUUACAAAUUUCCUCAGCAUUACAAAUGUAAAUUUGUAAUGCGGAUUCGCCUUGAUUGCUAGAUUUGUAAUGCGUGACUGCGAUUACUACGAGUACGACACUUUUGCACAGGAUAGCAGUCCCCCAACCCGGAUUGGAGCCCCCAGCAUGUGCGCAACCAGUAUCAGCAGCCGCCACCCCCGAUCGGGCACAACAUGGGCGGUGGUCCCCCGGGCGGACCGCACGGAGGUGCUGGUGGUCCCCCACCGCCCCACGGUAGUAAUCCGAUGGGACCCCCGCCGCCCAUGCAGGCACUGCCGCCACCGCAGAUGCCGCCGCCGGUCCAGCACGCAGGUCAGCACCAAUACCAGAUGGGCCCGCCGCCCGGGCAGAUCGGCACAGGUGGACCGCACAUGCAGCACAUGAUGGGCGGCGGUGGUCCUAUCAAAUGCAAAUAUGUCUGGGUCUGGAAGGAUCCGAACUUGUGAUGCGUGUUUCGGAUCCUACAAAGAUCUGUGAUGCAGAAGGUGCAAAAGGUGCCCAUUUCUGGCCAUGCUGAGAGGGCAUUUCUCAUGCAGAAUACGCAUCACCACGGAACUGCAGAACCUGUGACGCUAGGUCCUGCAUUCCAGAUGUGGGGGAGCUUGAAAAAACUGCAUGACAAAUCUCGGCAUCUCCCAGACCCAGACAUUUUUGCACUUGAGAGGUCCACCGCCCCCGCAACAUGGUGUAUCUCAACAUCAUCAUCCGAUGGGACAGAGUCCGAACCUCAUGCAGAAUGGGCCCCCGGGAGUGGGACCGGGUGCGCAGUCGCAUCACAUGCAAGGCCCACCAGGCGCAGCACAGCAUCACAACCAGGUCUACAAUCCCAACCUGAUCUCCGGCGGCCCGCCGAGUGGCAUACCCCCGAUGAUGGGCGGUGUCGGUGGCCCACCCCCCGGGCAGCUGCAGUCGCCGCGAGGCGGGAACAGGAUCAUGGGCGGCAAGAACGGCAUGAUGGGUGGACCGCCGGGCAUGGGCAAGGGCGGGAAACCCAUGAGCGGCGCGGCGCUGAAAGGCAGUGGGAAAGGCAGGAAAACGCUGGAAGACUUGCUGCAGAUGGAACGGCACAAAGCAGAAGGUACUUAUUUUCAUACUGGUGUUAUUUUGCAAAUGCAAUUUGAAAAAAAGUGUUACAGCAACGACAGUGAGUUACGCACAGGUUUGCAUGGCUAAGCAACACAGACAACCUCUGUCGUGCCGGAAAUGCUUGCGAGCCUGACUUCCAAAUUAUUAACGACCAAUAAAAAACAGAGUCGUUCCUGCGGCAAGAGCUAGCAAAACGGGGUGCGGCAGCACUUUCGGUCGCGGAAUUGCGAUCACUCAGCGACGUCAGGAUGCAACUGUAUAUGACAAUUUUCUUUUACUAUUUCUCAUGCGAAAUAUCUAUGUCUAUGUGUAAAACAACUUCUGAUUGCACAAAUGGUUCAUGACAGAAAAGACAGUAAGUGGUUAUGUCGCAUUACACAAAUCGCACAAAAAUAUACACAAUUAUCAGAUACGACCUGUUCAUCGAUGUGACCAACUACUGCGUGAACCCCAGUUCUAUGAACUGCAAAAGUAUCGUACUCGUAUAGAUGCAUGAUAAAUUUUCUCAGCGUGAGAAAUAAAAUUUGUAAUGCGGAUUUACCCUAACAAAAGGACUUGUAAUGCAUGAUUGCAAUACGAGUGCGAUGCUUUUGCACAGGAUAAGUUCCGUGGAAUCCGAGCAAGACCAGUGGGAGGCGUUUGCGAAGCUGUUGCAGAAAUACUACGGCUAUCAACUGUAAAAAUGUCUGGGUCUGGAAGGUUGCAACUUGUCAUGCUAAUUCUGGAUCAUGCAAAAGCUGUCCACUUUUGACCAAGUUGGCAGGGAGUUUCUCAUGCAGGAUAGGCAUGGUAGGGAUCUCACAGAAUCUGUCAUGCUAGGUGCUGCAUUCGAGACGACAUGGAUCAUGGAAAAUCUGCAUGACAAGUCUCGGAAUCUCCCAGACCCAGACAUUUUUGCAUUUGAUAACGGCGUGCAGCAGGAGUAUAACUACGGCGCCUCGAUGAAAAACCAGGAUGGGUCCUACGGCGGCAACAGUUACAAGUCUGCGAUCGCGGGCCAGGGCGGCAACAACGACGGGCAAGGCGGAAAAGAUCGACAUAACCAGGGCAGGCCGGGCUUGACCAUGGGAGACUUCGUCGUGGCUAACGCAGAGUACAACCUUUUUGCUGGACAACAUUUUUUGUUCUUGAGCCUCUGCUUCAUGACUAAGCACUUCUAGAGGCUGCUGUUUUACUUCCAUGCACGACUUUCGAAGUUGUAGAUGAAGCAGCUUGCAACGUUCUAUAGUUCUAUACUCCAGAUGAUAGAGGUGUGGAAAGACAUAUCAGUUAUUUUUUCUUCUAAAACUUCUAUCAGGAAACGGCACAAUAUGGAGAGAAAAAAGUUUGUCACAGUCACUAACUUGCAGGUUUUGCAUUACAAAUUUUCUCAGCGUCACAAACUUUCCUUGUGUUGCAGAAACACUAGGGAAAUCCCUAAUGAAGUUUGGCUGUGAUGCAUUUUUACGCAUGACAAACAAUUUUGUAUUGCAAGAAUGCGCAUGAGUGAUCGUGACGAACUUUUUUUCUUUGAUACACAAGGCGAAGUCCACCGCCCCAGCGAAGAAGGUCGUAAAAAUAUCAAAUGUAAAAAUGUCUGGGUCUGGAAGGAUCCGAACUUGUGAUGCGUGUUGCGGAUCAUACAAAGAUCUGUGAUGCGUGACAUGCAAAAGAUGCCCACUUCUGGCCAUGCUUAGAGGGCAUUUCUCAUGCAGAAUAGGCAUCACCAAGGGGCUGCGCAACCUGUGAUGCUAAACCCCGCACUCCAGACUUUGGGCUGCUUGGAAAAACUGCAUGACAAAUCUCGGAAUCUUCCAGACCCAGAUAUUUUUGCAAUGCAUAAAAAAAGACCGCAGACAAUAAGACGGCGCCAAAGAGCGACGCAGCCCCCGGCGUGGCACAGAUACUGGCUACCAUGUGGACCUGCCCAAGAUGUAUGAUUUGUUCAUUUUUUCUAGUACAGAUGAUUUUUGUCAUGUGCAUAACCAUAGAGAAAGAGAGAAAUGGAAGUAGAUAGGAUAAAACCACACUUCACGCUUUUAUUCUUUGCGAUGAACCAGAUAUCAGUUGUAUCGGCGCAGACAGAAAUCUGUCAUGCGAAAAAAAUGUACCAAACCUUUACUUCUUAUCAGGUACGCUGCAAAACUCCGUGGAAGAUUGGACAUGCAAGGCUUGCGGUUUCAGCAAAGACCAAGCGCGACUUCUGGACGAAUUUCCACCACUGGGCGCAGACGUGAAAAAGAAGAAGUAGCAGCAGGGCUUGUACAACGUUGUUCGUCGUCCACUGCAAUCUUCUGUCGGUGUGCAACUUCUAUCGCUCCUCCGCUAGGAAGUAAGAUCAUACCUAGGGCCGGCCCGCGACUACUACGCUGGUCGUGCAGCACACCAGCACAGCUAGAGCAAGCUCGACGAUGAUCCGGAGGAGCUGUGCGGGUGGGUAGUAGUUUUUGUGGCCAAGAACAUGAUCCCCCGGCAGAGCGAUGGACAACAGGAGCCUCCUGCUUGCUGAUGUCAAGUGAGAAAAUAAAUCAUCUCACAUUACUCUUCUUCUUCACGGCACAGUCUACUUUGUCUACUGGCUAUUUCUCGUCCUUUUCACAGGCUGCUGCUCCUACACAUAGCGUCUGUGAAGAUCAUGUAAAAUUCGUUGUUCACGGCAGGGUUUAUUUUCGCAAUAGGUCAACGUCAUCAAUAUCACACAGAUUUUCAUCGUCCAAUUCUAGCAACAAUCUAUGGAAAUAAUCUCAGAGGGCACAACAAGAACUGCACUCGCGGUUCUAGAGUAGUUGUACCCAGUUGGUCAUGUCGUAUCUGGUCUCUAUAUUUUAGCUGUGGGUCGCUCGUCGACGACUCCGUGGUCUCUAUCGCCGACCACAUCACACGACAUCAUAACACAGUCAGUUUUAUUUGCUGGCAGCGGUCACGAGCACCAAUAGCUGCUUGUAUUACUCGUCUCCGAAGCGAAACCACACCACGGAUUUUAUGAAAAGGCAGAAAAAUUUUUCAAAGCACAGUAGCUAGCGAAAGUAGAUGUAGGCGAAAGUAGAUGUUGUAGUCUUCUCUCGUCAAGCAUCUCGGUAGAGCGAGCCAGCAGAUUAGCCGCAUAAGACACGCUGCGUCAGAUGAAGUUGUUGGGGCUGGUGGCAGCUCCAACGCUCCGCAUGAGAAAUGGUCAACGACGACGAGCAGACGAGAAAACUCUCUCCUUGAGCUUCCCAACUCUUCUCCCGAGGAGGCGUUAGAAGUAAAGAUUUAAUCUCUACUGACGUUUAUUGUGUCGUGUGAACAACUUUCUCACAAAAAAUCUACUUCGACAAGUGGUCUGGUAUCCUCAGCAACUACAGGCAUCAUUUCUCUUUUACGUCAUUCACUGACACUGAUACUCGUUUUUAGUUCAACCCUGUUUAGAAGUACUAUUUCCGGUCAGCAAGCACGAACACUCGACCCAGAGGAGGUUUAUUUCAUUGUUCCUUCGCUCUACUACAUCAACAUGGAAAAGAACUGCGCGGGGGCUAAUAU